AUGCUAUCUAUGUAUGAUGCUGAUGAGGAUGAUAUGGAUCAUUGUGAAUGGUGUGACGACAGUUUUUAUGACAAAGAUUUCAUGGAUGUUGACGAUGAGAUGUAAGUAAAAUAUUAUUAAGUAUAAUAGUAAGAUUGAGAUUUUCACUCUGCCUUGGAACUCCAAUUAUUUUGUGAAUACAUGUUGUCAAGGGCACUUUUGAAUGUUGUCAGGUCACUGUCAGGCAUUGAAGGGUAAAAAGUAAACAAAGUUCAAUUAACAGAAUUUGUGAUUGACAAGUAUUGUGGGAUAUGAGAGGACUAUGAAAAUAAACAAUCCAAAUUAUUAUUUAGAAGCAAAAUGUAAAAACUUUGAUUCAAGAAUGUUGAAAUCAAAGAUGUUAUUUUGCAAGUAGUUUUAACUAAGCAAGCACUCUGAUAGCAAUGCCUUUUACACUGACUAACAGCACCUUGACAACAUUCAAAUAUGGCCUUGACAACGUAGUACCACCGCCUUGAUAACAUACAUUGUGUGGUGAUAAAGUUUUUGUAAAUGUUCAAACAUUUAAACUAAACAUUUGGCAUUCCAAGGUUGAAUGAAAUCACACUAAUUAUUUUGCUUUAUAAAGUGAGAUUAUGAUAGUGAAAGUCACAUUGUAUCAGUUUACCAGUAAACAGACCAAUCAAAAGCAACUUUUCAUACCAGAAAAAACAUGGAGGUCAGAUUUUCCCUUUCAUGUUGAAGUAUUGAGAAUUCUUCAUGUGUACUUUGGGUUUUCACCCAUACCAAAAACAUAGUAAUUGAGUGUAGUUGUAGAACAUAUGUAUUAUGGGCCCAUGGCUAGCUUGGCUUAAAGUGGGAAACCCAUACCUACAAGUAUUAGUAUUGAAUUCAUUGUAGUAAAUGCAGUACUAUUUUCUUUUGAAGUUUUGAAGAGGCGGAAGGAGAUGUGACAUUAACUGCAUCAGAGGGUGAAGAUGAACCAUCAGAGCUUGAUCAUACUAAGGGAGAGGAAGAUAUGGAUGUGAGCUAUUUUGAAGAAUGGGAUAGAACUAACAUAGAGGUACAGCAUGGUCCAGAGACAAGGGAUGAUUGGGCACAGAGAUUAUUAAAACAGCUGAAAGAAGAAUUUGAUAAAGUGAAUGUUGCAGGAAAACAGAGCCAGAUUUUCGCAGACCAUGGUCAACAGAGUCGAUCAGUUGUUGAGGUAGAUAUAUUGCUGGAAUUAUUUAAAAACAAUUGCCAAAUGCAUCUAUGUACUGGACAAAGUAGAGUUGAAAAUUGGAAAGCUGAUGGGGGUGUUUUAAUAAUCACAUGGAGAUGCUGUCAUGGUGGGGUCUGGUCGUCAUCAAAGGUUUUAUGCGUAAAGAAGGAACAGAAUGUGUACACCACUACCAUAAUGAUAGCUGCAGCAAUUAUUAUUAUAACAGGUGGUGGCAAUUAUGAAAAGUUUGCACUAUUUUGCAAAUUUCAUGGUCUGUCAUUCAUCUCAAGGUCAACUUUUAUGAGAAUCCAAAAGAAGUAUGUGAUUCCUGAGAUCAAGAGAUUUUGGAAAGACAUGAAGGCAUCGAUAUGGAAAAUCUUUUUUGGGGAAAGCAUCAUUCUUUGCGUUGAUGGCCGAAAUGAUUCACCAGGUUUCAGUGCUAAGUAUUGUGUGUAUGUACUUAUGGAGCAGUUUGUCAAUGUAAUUGUAGAUAUCGAAGUUGUAGACAAGCGUGAAACUGGUGGGGUGUCAACCAAUAUGGAAGUUUAUGGACUGAAAAAACUGUUGGAACGUGUUGUUGGUGAGAUUGUUGUGUCAGAAAUUGUGACAGAUGCUUCCACGGCAGUUGCCACACUGGUUAGAAGAAUGAAAGGUAUAAUAAUAGUAGUAAUGGAUUAAAACAUGAAAAUUAGGUGCAGGAAAAAAAAUAUUUCAUGUCUUCCCAUUAUGUUUUAAUGCAUUGUGUCCUAAUGCACCUACAUUAUUAUUUUACUCUGUCUAAUGCCAGAUGAUUUUCCUAGACAAUCCUGUUCAUCAAGGGGAGAUGGCGCUGGCUCUUAUAAAUGGGUUAAUUAAUUAAAUAUAUUUUAUGGAUUUUUAGAUAAAUAUCCUAAUGAAUUUGGUAACCUGUUUCAUGCGCUUGACAUUUGGCACAAAUCUGUAAAGUUGACAAAGAGGCUGUCAAAGGUGAUAUUUAACUUCACUCCCUUAUACAAUAUACUGUACGUUAUUGUGUCAUUUAGGAAUAUAUAGUAAUCAUUAAAUUAAAUAAAACAUAAUCUCUUUAAGUGGUGAACAUGGGGGAGAGGAUUAUUUUAGACAAAAAAAGUUUAACUAAAAUUUCUAGCUACAAACAUUGGUCAAAUGCUGACACCCUAAAAUCCUCUCAAGUGUCUGUGAAAGUACAUCAUCUUUGCUAUAGAGUCAUAUUUUCCUAAUUGAGAUGUUCGGUUUGAAUAUUUUUGGUUUUAGGCUGCAAAAAUUAAGGGUUGUGAGGUGCUAAGCGAGUGGACCGAACCAAUACGAAACCACUUCUGGUAUGUUGCACAAGAAAGUAAGGGCAACACAGAGAAAUUAAAGGUGAGGAAAGUACUAACUUUCACGUUAGAUUGUUACCCUUAUAUAUUAUAGUUAAUACUAAUCAGGGUUUGAAUUAACGGUGUGAAAAUACUGGACCAAAUAGUGAACAUUGCACAUCACUUUUCCAAAUGUUCUGUGGAAAAUCAGACUUGGAAACUAUUGGGACUAUUUGCCUUAUAAAGUAGGGCAUAUUGGAGCUUAUUGGUUCAAUGAAUACACUUUAGGACAGCUAGUUUGGAGUUUUACAUCAUGUUGUUGGUGAACACGAAUGGGCAGAUGGUGAGUGCACACAUGGUCCUCUUGUUUCCACUGUAGAAAACAAGACCUUGAUGGAUAAGGGUUCCAAGGCAAUGGAGGCUUUGCGGAAAGUGGUGAUGGAUCCUCGCUUUCUUAAUGCUUUGCACCAUUAUGUAACAUUCAGGUAUAUUGACCGGUCAUGGGACUUUACAGUGCAUUUCUCAUUAUACACCUGCAGUAAGUUUAUAAUAGGCCCUUCACAGCUGGCCCUGUGUCAUUGCUCUCCAUAACAAUUAAAAUUGUCUAGCGCUAGGGGUAAAAACAAGGGGGGUAAAAUCACUUUUGCAUAACAAUAUAUCUGUGCUUUGUCUCACUGUAAUCCUUUGUUUCCAAACCCCACUGAUUUCAAUAUUCUCCACUCACUCAUUGUUCUCAACUGAUACUAUUCAAUAAUUACACCUAUGGUGUUUACACUUGCACUUGUUGUUUGUGACUUGACUUCUAUUGUGAUUUUCUUCUUCUGAUGGAUGUGAAUGAGUAGAUGAGUUAUCAAUGUUCUGAGUACAUAUAUACCCUCAUCUGAACAUUCAUAAUUCAUUCACUCUUUCACAUCCAUCAGAAAAAGAAAGUUGCACCUAAAAUCUCUGCAAAAAGUGGAAAUAUAAAAAUUGUGAAGUCAUGUGAAGUAAUGAUUUAUUUAUUAGACACACCAGCAAGCUAGAAAAUUUCAAUUCAAUGCUUUUGAAAUAUACACCAAAGCGAGCUGGAUUUCAGUAAGUUUAAUAUCUGUCGUCACCAUACUUACCCGUGUGGAUGGUUAGGUGCAGACGUGGUCAGCUAAUGAUCUCCGGAUUUGAGUUACUUGGAUUCAGGUCCGAAUCACGUGGACCUGUCCAUUCAGGACCUGACCACCGAACGUCUACACCUUAUCACACCGAACUUAGUUCGAUGGAAAUUAAAUUGAAAAUCAAUUGUAGUCAUGAAAAAAAAAAUUGCUUCUUCUCUGAGCACAUGACCAUUGCAGUUGGCUACAAAUUAGCUAAUGACCUGAGAGUCUGCUUGGCACUCUCUACAUCCGAUAUCCUGAGGGCACAUGUCGUACCCAGACUGCGCGCGGUUCCUAUGAUAUUAACCUUGGUUACUAUGUAACCUCAUAAUAUGUAAUCGUAAAUAAUGUAUUUACUAAUGUAUUUGCAACACUCAUUCUUUGUCUGGUGUUAGAUGAUAUGGUGGCCACAUAUGGGCAUGUUGCUGUCAUUGUAGCUUAAUGGAUUUCAAAUUGAAAGUCAAGACAAUUAUGUCAAUUUAUUUAUUAAACUACAACAUUGUUUUAGGAAUGACUCAUUUAUAGCAAGAACAUUACUUGCAGCUAUUGACCACAACAGCCAUCUCUUCAGACAAGCAGCUUUGAACAGGGAUGGAAAGAAGAAAUACAACAAAGUGUACAGCAAGCGUUCAAAAAACUGGAGAGUGACGGCUGUAUUAGAAGAGAAGACCUAUGACUUCUGGCCAGCUCUAACUUCUGGCAUCCUGCAGAGGAAGAUUGAUGACAAGGAUAAUAUCCUAAAAAAGUAG